AUGACCCCGCUGUGCCCACUGCUGCUGGCCCUGGCCGUGGUCGCCGUGCCCGGCGUCCGUGGCAGCUGCCCGGUGCCCGCCGACCUCAAGCGCGCGGACGGGACGCGCACGUGCGCUGUGCUCUUCGACAAGAGCGACCCCUACUACGACAACUGCUGCGGCGGCGCCCAGCUCGCGGUGGAGCCCGGCGCCGACCUGCCCUUCCUGCCCUCCAACUGGGCCAACGUGGCCUCCUCGCUCGUGGUGGCCCCCCGCUGCGAGCUCACCGUGUGGUCCCGCCGCGGCAAGGAGGGCAAGACGCGCAAGUUCUCGUCGGGCGCCUACCCGCGUCUGGAGGAGUACCGCCGCGGCGUCCUCGGCCACUGGGCCAACGCCAUCUCCUCCCUCUACUGCAGAACCUCCCACAACUGGAUCUCUGAGCCUCUGGCACUCCCUGAUGAUACUUUUGAUUCUGUUGCAGAUGCUACUGAUGCCUCAGAGCCCCUCUUCCUGGCCCCCGGAGCCUGA